AGAGCUAAGCCCAUCACAGAAAAUUUCAUUCUCUUCUUCACUCACAUUCAUUCUCACCCAAAUUUCAGAAUUUCUGAGCCUUCAUUCUAGCUAGUUCUUCUUUGGGUUUCAAUAAACCAGCUUCUCAAAUUCAGUUUAGCUUCUCUCUUUCUUUGAUCUGCGGAAUGGAUAUGAUAACAAAGUUGGCAUCACAGAAUGCUGCAGUGAUCUUUAGCAAGAGCUCUUGUUGCAUGUCUCAUGCUACUAAGAGACUCUUCUAUGAACUGGGGGUCAGCCCAGCAAUCCACGAGCUCGAUCAAGACUAUAGAGGAAGAGACAUGGAAUUAGCACUCUUGAGACUUGGGUGUAACCCUGCGGUGCCGACCGUGUUCAUUGGCGGUAAAUUCGUAGGCUCGACACAAAAGGUCAUGUCUUUGCACCUUGAUGGAUCGCUUGUACCAAUGCUGAAAGCGGCCGGUGCCAUCUGGCUUUAAUUAAGUGAUGAUCAUAAAUUAUCAAACUCAGCUCUGAUACCAUGUCAAAAAUAAUCUUGUCUGAUCAUUUCACAAAUUCUCCUAGUAAUUCUCUAUUUCUUUUUUGUUUUCUUUCUCUUUGUGUGUUUGCGGCUGUCUUAGCUAAUGUACUAAUUAAUGAGAGAAUAACAACAUUAAUAUUGGUAUUCA